ACAGCAUCAGUACCAUUGAAGUGCGUACAUCACAGCGACAACGACUGGAAAAUCUAAACCAGAACAUGGCAGACGCUACAUAAGGAACUGAACUGUGAUUCUUAACUCGUUUCAGCUGACCUUGGUGACCGGACAUGGACGCAGCCACAGAUGCAGAAGCAGGCUUGCGUUCAACAAAUGGGAAGGAUAAUUUCCACCGGUUGACAAGACUUUUGAUGUGUGGAGGUGUCAGGCUUUUAAAAGAAAAGUUUGAUUCUUUUCACUCGCCCACCGAUCUUCCAUUGAGGCUAGUUGAUCCUGCCAUAGUUAAUCAGUUAAAGGGAGCAAAACUUUCUGAAUCCGAGCGGGCUUGCCUCUACCCUUCCCCUUGUACGUUUGGCAAGUCCACCGAUUUCGACGUCACAUUAACAUUCAAAUUGUUAAGAACAAUAUGCAACCUUACAGAGCCUCUAACUGGGUGGAACAAUCUGCCAAACAGUACAGACCACAGUCUUGAAGCAGAGUUAGUGCGGAUAAAAUACUACCGCAAUUCUGUUUAUGGUCACAACCAGACAAUGGAAGUGACCAACGAGGAGUUCCUUGAUCUUUGGAAUGAAAUCAGCAAAGCCCUUUUACGAAUUGCUGGAUCUAUAAGUAACGAAAAGAGAGAUGAAUGGAAAAAGGCCAUUGAUGAGUUACUUAAUGGUCGUCUAACAACAGAGGAACAAAGAUACGCGGAUGAGCUUCACCAAUGGUACAAGAACGAUAUGGAUGUCAAGGAUGCAGUAGAACAACUAGGAGAAGAGCUCCACCGGGUUAACGCAGAUGUCAGAGAUCAACUCCAACAGCUUAACGAAAGAAUAGAUCAUGCGACAGCUCUUAUUUCCAUCGUCGUGGAACGAUUUUCACAAGGUGGACAGCCUAUAGCCUUGAGUCAUUCACAUAUGGUUGCUGCGUCGCCAGCACCAGCCGCUUCUGCAGGUACAUGUACGGUCACAGUGCCUAUAGACGAAGAGCAACCACAGUUUGAAGGUAAAAACUUUGGUUCGCGCUCGGUUGUUGUUCACUAUGUUUACAGGAAUUCACCACUACUUCUCACCACUCACCGAAAUGCACAUUUAUCUCCAGUUAUCUCACAUUGA